AAAGGCGCGCCUUGAGGCGGGUCGCUCAAGGUCGCCGGGACGAAUAGCAGUGCCACUCGUUAAACUCAGUGAACAUGAGAGAUCUGAAAAAAGAUGAGUUCGCUAAGGUUGUAGCCAAACUACAGAAAUAUAUUAAGGAUGCUGAUGAAUUAUUAAACAGACCAGACGACAAGUACAAUUUUUACUACCAUCGUGAUCGCGUUUUUUAUUGCCGUUCGACACUCGCAAAACAUGCUGCAUCAAUCAAAAAGAAACAUUUGCUAAGCUUUGGAACUUGUAUUGGUCGCUUCUCAAAAACAGGCAACUUUAGACUCCACAUAACCGCGCUGGACUUCUUAUCACCGUAUGCCAUGUAUCGUGUUUGGUUAAAAGCACCGUCUGAACAGCAGUUUCUUUAUGGACAAAAUAUUUUGAGGUCAGGUGUCGCUAAGAUGUCGGACAACACUCCUCAGUACGCCGGUGUUGUUGUAAUGAACAUGAGUGAUAUGCCUCUAGGUUUUGGGGUUGCUGCCAAGUCAUCUCUGCAAGUAAAAAACACUGAUCCAAUGACAAUAACCGUCUUUCACCAAGCUGAUAUUGGGGAGUAUAUUCGAUCGGAAGAAACUAUCGUUUGAAUUACAUCUCGAGGCACUGUCAGGUAUAUACGUUGAGAAAUGCCUAAUUAACGACUGUCC